CAAGAUGGUCAUUGUCUGAGGGGGGAAGCAUCAGAUAGAUGCUGUACAAUCAACUCUUUUCUUUUUUAACAAGCAAUGGCUGAUGAACUCACCGAUGACCAGAUCUCCGAGUUCAAGGAAGCUUUCAGCCUCUUCGACAAGGAUGGAGACGGUUGCAUCACUACCAAGGAGCUUGGAACUGUUAUGAGGUCUCUUGGACAAAACCCCACAGAGGCUGACCUGCAGGACAUGAUCAACGAGGUUGAUGCUGAUGGAAACGGUACCAUUGAUUUCCCUGAAUUCCUUAAUCUCAUGGCAAGGAAGAUGAAGGACACUGACUCUGAGGAGGAGCUUAAGGAGGCUUUCCGUGUCUUCGACAAGGACCAAAAUGGCUUCAUUUCUGCCGCUGAGCUUCGUCAUGUUAUGACAAAUCUUGGCGAGAAGCUCACCGAUGACCAACUUGAUGAGAUGAUUCGUGAGGCUGAUGUCGAUGGUGAUGGACAGAUCAAUUAUCAGGAAUUCGUAAAGAUCAUGAUGGCCAAGAUGCGAAGAAAACGACGAAGGAGAAGAAGAAGAAAGGAAAGAAGCAUGCAAUCAAAAGCGCGUUCCACAACAAGUGGCUUGAAAAGAGCACAUUGUGUUAUCCUUUGAAAAUACUCUAUUAAAUUCAAGUUAAUUAUCCUAUUGGGAAUUAUGACGUCA